ACUUGAAAUAAAAUGGCAGUGAAAUUUUGGUGGAGCAGCAGAAAAAUUACCCAGAAAGCUGUGCUGAUUCCACGAAGGGUAAUCUGCUGAUCCGCUUGCCCGAGUACAGUGAAUUCCCCUUCGAGGUGUCCUGCGAUCAGCAUAACUACGGCGGAGGUUGGACUGUAUUAAUGCGACGAGCCGAUGGAAGCGAGGAUUUUUACCGCGAUUGGAAGGACUACAAGUAUGGAUUUGGUCAGUUAAAGAAUGAGUUCUUCCUGGGACUGGAGCUAUUUCAUGCGCUGACCUAUUCGGAGCCCCAGGAACUGAUGGUUGUCCUGGAGGACUACGAAGGAAACAAACGCUACCAGCAUUAUGAUAACUUUAGAAUCGGACCAGAGCGUAAUAACUACACCCUGGAAUCGGUGGGAACUUCUUCUGGAGACGCAGGAGACUCAUUUGUAUAUCAUAUCGGCAUGCAGUUUAGUACUAAGGAUCGCAAGAACGACAUCGAUUCAACAAGGGAUUGUGCAGUUGUAUUUAAAGGCGCUUGGUGGUACUAUCGUUGCCAUUUAAGUGGUUUGACCGGUGUUUAUGGCGAUAGUUCUUAUGGACAGGGAGUACUUUGGUCAACAUCGCAUGGGUUUUAUUACUCACUCAAAGGUGCCGUAAUGAUGAUAAGGCCAAAGUCGUAUUCUUCUAAAUAAACUUAUUUCAUCAUCAGGUAUAGUGUUUAUCCAUGUUACAUCGAUUGCACAAAGAUAUAUUUUC